CAACCUUAUUAGGUAUUAAGAGAUAGUCCUGGUUCAACAGUAAAAUGGCAUCAAGCAAGCAAGCAAGAAUGUUCCCUAUUAUUUUAGAUAUUAGCAAAUUAAAUGAGAUUAUAGAGAUUUUAAAGCAAUACAGGUUUCCUGAGGCAAAAUGGUUUGAAUUUGGAUUGAAUCUUGGUCUAAUUCAUCCUACACUGGAAGCUAUUGAUGCUAAUCAUAGAGGAAAUACUUCACGUUGUCUCAUGGAGUGUUUAUCCAAGUGGCUGAGUAAAGCACAUCACCCUACUUGGCAGACAUUGGCUAGUGCUCUUAGAAAAAUAGAACAAAAAACAGUGGCUGAAAAUAUUGAGAAAAUAAUGGUUGAUCCUGCUAGCCAGUUACUACAGUAUUACAGUAGUAGAAUAUCUGGAGCAACACUCUCUGAAGAAUCAGUUGAUCUGUUACAUACAGAAGGACUGAUAUCUGAAGAGACAUUGAGGGAAGUGAAGAGUUGUGGAUACACACUAACAGAUGAUGCAAUGAGAGAAGUAUACACAGCAGUAGCUUAUGAUCAUAACAAAUUGAAAUCAUUUGCUAGCAUAUUAUUAAGAUCAACAGGCACUGUUAGUAUAGCCAUUGACUUAAUGAGAGACUGUGAGGACAUUUUUGAUGCAGAAAAUUCCACCAGUGGUUGUGAUACACACAAUGAAUCAAGUAUUGUUGCACCAAUUUCAGUUGAGGAAUCAAGUGUUAAAGUUACAAGUAAGCCAGCUACAGAAUUUGAGUUUCAAAUUUCAGAGCAUUAUAAUUUUGAUGAAAUGAGAGGAAAAUUUGGAACUUUCUAUUUCAAAGUUACUCGACUGGUAUCUCACACCAUCAGAGUUAACCAACUUGAAGAUUUCAUAGAAUUUGUUGAUGAUUGCUUUCCUGAGCUAGGUCCUAAUCUAACCUCUGUUGCUACAGUGAAAGAUGUCAUGAAAGUUGUUAGAACAAAAUGCAAUGUCAUCAAUAUUGCACCAGCAAAGGAAGUAGUCAGUUUCUACAGCAUAACAGAAGCUAAGCCAUUGAUAUCUGAUUAUAGUGCAACACUUGAUGAGUUUUGUCACAAACUUAAGCUUCAAUUCUUGCUCAAUAAUAAGCUUUCAAUAAGUGAUUUUCUUGUUUGUGAAACAAUUGAAUUUGUUCUAGACUGGGAUCCUGCUGAGCACUUAUUGAAUGAUAUUCGUCGUUUGAUGGAGAAAGCAUUUCAAGGAUUGAGCAGAAGGAUCAUAGUCAAAAGCAUGCAUAAAGGGAACUCCAUCAUUAUCAUUUGUGGUGCUCCUACUCAUCUAAUGAAUGCUUUGCAAUUGAGGGCUCGUGAUAAUCUUACUGUGCUGCAAGAAGAAUUUGCUUUGAUGCGAUUGAAAAUUGGAUACUGUACUGUUUAUGAUAGAACCGUCAGAAACAAAGAACUAAAGUCUGCUGCAGAGGGAAUUAAAAUGUGUGAAGGAGAAUUAGAGAAGCUGAAUCUAUACCACAAUGACAAAAAAGGUCUCCUUGAUGAUCAAGCAUCACAAUUUAUACCUUUAAAACAGAAACAAGAAUUCAUCAAUACAACUAUGCAGACAGCAGGUUUUAAAAUCAAAAAAAUUGAAAGAGAAAAGGCUGCAAACACAAAAAGGCGAAUGUUAUUAAGAGAAACUGAACAUUUACAAUCUACUCUAAGGAUCAGAAUAAGUCGAAAGGAAGUACUACAAGACAAUGAAAAAGAAAUUGGGGAACUACAGGAAAGUAUUUCAUCUAUUAGUAUAAAAUUGUUAGAAAUGCAAACUUCAAAUUCUUUUAAUAAGAAAAAAUCAGCACACAACAUCGCUCAAUCCACACAAACAGUGCUUUCAUCCAAUGGAUCUAUCUGUGAAGCUCAAGAUGAUUAUAAUGACAUUAUUUCAUUCAAAAAGGGUGAACUACUUCAGUUAAGUACAAAUGGACAUGAGGUACAAUCACUGGAGACUGGACAGAAGAGUGCUGUUCCAAUGAAAUACAUUGGAUACUCAAGAGUAGAAUUACUUUACUUGUUUCAGUUUGCAGUGACAAAGGAAGGAUUAUCACUUCUACCUACUCUCCUUGAUGAUGAUAAAAAAGCAGAAUAUUUUGUACAAAAAAUUACUAAUGAUUCUACUCUACUACAAUCACUGAGGGAAUUGAUCACAAAGGAUAAAUUAUUCAUGGCUAGUUAUAAUUUUGAAGCACAAACCUCAAAUUUCUUAACUUUAAAGAAAGGAGAAGUACUUGAAGUUGUUAAAUAUAAUGAAGAUAGUGAAUGGUGGUAUAUGCAUUCACUUUAUACAGACAAUAAAGGAUAUGUACUAAUUAAUUAUAUAAUACCAAUUCAAGGAAAAUGCUCACCAAUGUAAAAAAUUAAGUUGUUAAAGGAUUUUUUAUUCAUAACAA